AUGUUGAUGGGAGUAUUGAACAAUACAAGGCAAGAUGAUAUAGUCUUGACAGGUGAUGACAUCCAGGAAAUCCAAACCGUGAAGACUCUAUUGAAUGCAAAGUUCAAGAUUAAAGACCUAGGCCAACUCAAGUAUUUUUUGGGCUUAGAAAUUGCAAGAUCUCAACAGGGCAUUAAUUUGUCACAAAGGAAGUAUGCUCUAGAGUUACUAGAAGAUGUAGGAUUGUUGGAAUGUCAACCUGUUUCUACUCUCAUACAACCAAGCACAAAAUUUUCCAAGACAGAAGGGAAACUCUAUUCAGAUGUGCAUGCCUAUAGAAGACUUAUUGGCAGGUUACUAUAUCUAACCAACACAAUACUAGAUUUAUGUUUUGUUGUUAGUACUCUUAGUCAAUUUCUUUCCAAUCCUUUGGAAGAUCACUAUGCAGCAGCAAUAAGAAUCCUGAGAUAUAUCAAGAACAAUCCAGGACAAGGAUUAUUCUUUCCCUCCAACACAGAACAUGCUCUCAAGGCUUUUAGUGAUUCUGAUUGGGCUGCUUGCCCUGACACUAGAAGGUCUGUGACUGGUUUUAAUGUGUUCUAUGGUGCAUCAUUAAUUAGCUGGAAAUCCAAGAAGCAAGGUACUAUAUCUAGAUCAUCAACCGAAGCAUAA